ACCACAACAUGGCUGCGGCGCCGGCGCUGCUGCUCUGGCUGCUCGCGGCCGGGGCGCCGUGGCGGGUGCGGGGCCUGCGGGACCCGGGCGCGGGCCGGCGCUUCUCGGAGCAGAAGCUGUGCGCGGACGGCGAGUGCAGCAUGUUAAUGUACCGGGGUGAGGCUCUAGAAGAUUUCACAGGCCCAGAUUGUCGUUUUGUGAAUUUUAAAAAAGGUGACCCUGUAUAUGUCUACUAUAAAUUGGCAGGGAGAGGGCCUGAAGUUUGGGCUGGAAGUGUUGGGCGUAUUUUUGGAUAUUUUCCAAAGGAUUUAAUCCAGGUAGUCCACGAGUAUACCAAAGAAGAGCUACAAGUUCCAACAGAUGAAACAGAUUUUGUGUGUUUUGAUGGAGGAAGAGAUGAUUUUGAUAAUUAUAAUGUAGAAGAACUUUUAGGGUUUUUGGAAUUGUAUGAUUCUGCAGCUGCAGAGUCUGAGAAAGCUAUAGAAGAAACUGAGCAUAUGGAAAAACCUCCCGAAGUAUCUAACGAAAGUGAGGCUGAACCCGUGGAAGCCAACCCAGAGGAAAGCGAAAGUGUGUUCUCAGAGAACACUGAGGAUCUCAAGGAACCAUUCAUGGAUCAGAAGAACCACCCCCAGGCAAACAGUCAAGCAGGAAAUGCUCAGGGAGAGCAGCCUUCUUUUGAACCUUUUGACGAGAUGCUACAGGAUAAAUUAAAAGUGCCAGAAAGUGAAAACAACAAAACUAGCAAUAGCUCUCAGGUCUCAAAUGAGCAGAAAAAGGUAGACGCUUAUAAACUUUUGAAAAAAGAAAUGACUCUAGACUUGAAAACCAAAUUUGGCUCAACCGCUGACGCACUUGUAUCCGAUGACGAGACAACCAGCCUCGUUACUUCACUAGAAGACGAUUUUGACGAGGAAUUGGACGCCGAGUAUUACGCAGUCGAGAAGAAGGAAGAGGAGAAUCCAGAAGACUUUGAUGAACUGCCAUUACUAACCUUUAUGAGCAGAGAAGAUACGGAAACACCAGCGAGGUCUGGAGUUGAGAAAUGCUCAUCAGACAAGGGGCAGAAUUCAAAUGAAAAGGAUAAGGUUAAGGGAAUUGUGUCCCCUGGCAUCAAAAAUGAUGAUACAAAUAUUCUAACAACCCGGGGGGAUACUAUCUUUUCUAUUGUCACAGGAGGUGAAGAAAAAACAGGUGUGAUGGAUUUAGAGAGUUCUGAUUCAGAGGAAGAAAAGGAAGACGACGAUGCCUCAGUCCCAGGUAGCACACAGGAGAAACCACGAUCAACAACAGACCACACUGACCCUGAAGAUGAAGAAGAUGGUCUUUUGAUUGUAGAAGUCCCUAAAACAAAUAAUGACAAAGACACAGAAGUGGACACCGGACUUCACAUUAAAGGAAAAGGGAGGAAAGUUCAGGAACCUGAGAGGGGCCCGGUACAGGAUGGGACAGAAUUAGAGGAUGAGAAGCAGGAAGGGGUGAUCAUGCACCGCUCUACUCGAAGCAGUGACCUCAGCUCUUUGCUAGCUGCUGACAAGGGUGGAGACACAGCACAGUCAGCCUUUGAUGACAAUGAGAAUGGCCUAGAAGGAGCAGCUGUUCACGUCUCAAAGGGAAUGCGCCAUGAAGAAAAGCCUGGAGAUCAGAUUUUGGAAGGUGGCUCAGGGAGCGACCCUGUCCAUAAAGCUGAGGGGAAUCAGAUGAGCGCAGAAAAGAUGGAACGGGAGUCCUCGGAUCCUGCAGCGCUCGCGGGAGACGCGCCGCGUAAAGCGUCCGGAAACGCUGUGGAGGAAGCAGCCGUUCUGCUAAGUGGACCCAAACUGCACGCGCUUCCAGCCGAGCAUCAGCGCGAGGAGUUUCAAGAGGAUCUGGUUCUUAGGACUCGAAACCAACCGAGCUCCUCCUCUCCAGGUGAAAUUGGUUUGCCAGGAGAACUAGAAGAAGGGGUUCCCAUUCUGGGAAAAAAUCUUCCCUGGCAACAAGCAAGAGAUGUGGCUGCUGUCGUCCCUGAGCCCUGGAGUGAGAAGGUGAGGCUCUCUGAGGAAGAGGGCAAAGGGGACCGCUCAGACGGAGCGUUCGUUCGUCACGAGGCAACACAGGACCCCCAGGGACCGGGAAGAGCAGACCCCGCCCCCAGCGCGGGGCGAGCAGGCGACCCCGCUGAGGAGCCCGCGGCGGCGCAGGACGGCGAUCUCCCUGAGCAGCUGCUGGAGGACGAAAACGCCCUGAGUGCGAGGCAGGCUGAAGAGAGCCGCCCCGGGGCUCGGGACAGGCAGGCAGGUGUUAACCUGCACAUCCCCGAAAGUGCCGUUUUAGGGACCACUGGUCCGGAUCCAGAAGUGGAAGAAAACAAGGGAGAAGCCGGUGUGUUGGGUGGUGGAAGAAAAAGCGAGACCGCAGCCGGCGGGGUCGACGCUCGAGGCGGGGAACCAGCUGGUGAGGCGGGAGAAAAAGAAGGGCGCCCUCUGCCGGGUGAGAAAGCACAGAGACCGUCCGAAGUAGGUGACUUUCCUGACCAGAUAGGAACUCAGACUCCAGAGUUAGCCGACGUGUUUCAGAAUAAAGAUUCUGAUUAUCUGAGAAAAGACAACUCCGAGGAACCUGUGAAGACCUCAGGGCUCGCCGAGAAGCCGGGAGGAGAAGAGCUGUCGAGAGAGGACCAUGAGGACGUAGAGAAGUUCGUGGGCGCCGAGAGCCAGGGGUCUGUUUCUGAGGAACUUGAAGAUGACUCGUUCCUCUGGACCCCACAUACGAGUGUAGAGCCAGAGCCUGGUGGCAAGAGGGAGGACUUGCCCAUAAUUAGCAGCUUCUUUAAAGAGCAGCAGUCUCUGCAGCGGUUCCAGAAGUACUUUGACGUCCACGAGCUGGAAGCCAUGCUACAAGAAAUGUCAUUAAAGCUGAAGUCAGCGCAGCGGGAGAGCCUGCCCUAUAAUGUGGAAAAAGUCCUAGAUAAGGUCUUCCGUGCUUCUGAGUCACACAUUCUGAGCACAGCAGAGAAAAUGCUCGAUACUCGUGUGGCCAAAAAUAGAUACCAGGGGCUGAAGGAAAACAACGUAUUUGAAGAGACUGUAGUGCUAGAGGACAUUCAAGACCUGAUCUAUUUUGUCAGGUACAGGCACUCCGCAGAGGAGGAGACAGCCCCACUGGUGACGGCACCGCCUCUGGAGGAAGGCUGGGGCGAAACGAUGGGAGAGAUGCAACCACCCCAUGAAGAUAAUUUCUCACAAGAGAACAUGGAAAAAUUUAAUAUGCAGAUUCCUGAAGAGCCCACCCACUUGGACCAGCCCAUGACAAGGGACACGGGAGCCUCAGAAGUGUCAGAAAAGUUGAAUACUAAGAAAGACUUGGACCCAGGGCUAAUUACAACGGAAGGCACUCCCGUUGAUGCUGUUGAUGUAAAAAAGCAACGAGAGAUAAAUGCUGAAGAGCCAGCCAGUGUUACACCUUUGGAAAAUGCAAUCCUUUUAAUAUAUUCAUUCAUGUUUUAUUUAACUAAGACGAUAGUUGCUACAUUGCCUGAUGAUGUUCAGCCUGGGCCUGAUUUUUAUGGACUGCCAUGGAAACCUGUACUUAUCACUGCCUUCUUGGGAAUUGUUACAUUUGCCGUUUUCUUCUGGAGAACUAUCCUUAUUGUAAAGAAUAGAGUAUAUCAAGUCACUGAACAGCAAAUUUCUGAGAAGUUGAAGACUAUCAUGAAAGAAAAUGCAGAACUUGUUCAAAAAUUGUCAAAUUAUGAGCAGAAGAUCAAGGAAUCAAAGAAACAUGUUCAGGAAGCCAAGAAACAAAAUAUGAUUCUCUCUGAUGAAGCAAUUAAAUUUAAGGAUAAAAUCAAGAGACUUGAAGAAACUAAUGAAUCUCUGGAUGGCACAGCUAAAAGUCUUCGUGUUAUGUUAGAAUCUGAGAGAGAACAGAAUGUCAAGAAUCAGGACUUGAUACUGGAAAACAAGAAAUCUAUAGAGAAGUUAAAGAAUGUUAUUUCAAUGAAUGCCUCAGAAUUUUCAGAGGUUCAAAUUGCACUUAAUGAAGCUAAGCUUAGCGAAGAGAAGGUGAAAUCUGAAUGCCAUCGGGUUCAAGAAGAAAAUGCUAGGCUUAAGAAGAAGAAAGAGCAGUUGCAGCAGGAAAUUGAAGACUGGAGUAAAUCACAUGCUGAACUCAGUGAGCAAAUCAAAUCAUUUGAGAAGUCUCAGAAGGAUUUGGAAGGAGCUCUUAGUCACAAAGAUGAUAAUAUUAAUGCUUUGACUAAUUGUAUUACACAGUUGAAUCAUUUAGAGUGUGAAUGUGAAUCUGAAUCUGAGGGUCACAAUAAAGGAGAAAAUGAGUCAGAUGAAUUAGCAAAUGGAGAAGUGGGAGGUGACCGGAAUGAGAAGAUGAAAAAUCAAAUUAAGCAGAUGAUGGAUGUCUCUUGGACAGAAACUGCAGUAUCAGUGGUUGAAGAGGAUCUAAAACUUUUACAAUCUAAGCUGAGAGCCUCGAUGUCCACUAAAUGUGACCUGGAAGACCAAAUAAAGAAAUUAGAAGAUGACCGUAAUUCACUGCAGUCCUCUAAAGCUAGACUGGAAGAUGAAUGUAAAACCUUGAGGCAGAAAGUGGAGAUUCUGAAUGAACUCUAUCAGCAGAAGGAGAUGGCUCUGCAAAAGAAAUUGAGUCAAGAAGAGUAUGAGCGGCAAGAAAGAGAGCAGAGGCUGUCAGCUGCAGAUGAAAAGGCAGUUUUGGCUGCAGAAGAAGUAAAAACUUACAAGCGGAGAAUUGAAGAAAUGGAGGAUGAAUUACAGAAAACAGAGCGCUCAUUUAAAAACCAGAUUGCUACUCAUGAGAAGAAAGCUCAUGAUAACUGGCUCAAAGCUCGUGCUGCAGAAAGAGCUAUAGCUGAAGAGAAAAGGGAAGCCGCCAACUUGAGACACAAAAUAUUAGAAUUAACGCAAAAAAUGGCAAUGCUACAAGAAGAACCUGUGAUUAUAAAACCAAUGCCAGGAAGACCAAAUACACAAAACCCUCCAAGGAGAGGUGCUCUGAGCCAGAAUGGCUCUUUUGGCCCGUCCCCCGUGAGUGGUGGUGAGUGCUCCCCUCCACUGAUGGUGGAGCCGCCUGGGAGACCACUCUCUGCUACUCUCAAUCGAAGAGAUGUGCCUAGAAGUGAAUUUGGGUCAAUGGAUGGGCCUCUACCUCGUCCCCGAUGGUCAUCUGAGGCAUCUGGGAAACCUCCUGCCUCUGAUCUAGGAUCCGGUACAGCGGCCAUGAUGAACAGCAGCUCAAGAAACUCUUCCCCCACUAAGGUGAUGGAUGAGGGCAAGGUUAAUAUGGCUACAAAAGGGCCCCCUCCUUACCCAGGGGUGCCUCUCGUGAGCUCCCCAGUGGGAGGCCCUCUACCACCACCCAUUCGAUAUGGACCACCUCCUCAGCUCUGUGGGCCAUUUGGGCCUAGGCCACUUCCUCCACCAUUCGGUCCUGGUAUGCGUCCACCGCUAGGCUUAAGAGAAUAUGCAGCAGGCGUUCCACCUGGAAAACGGGACCUGCCUCUUGAUCCUCGGGAAUUUUUACCAGGACACACACCAUUUAGACCUUUAGGUUCUCUUGGUCCAAGAGAGUACUUUAUUCCGGGUACCCGACUACCACCCCCAACCCAUCCCCCCCAAGACUACGCACCACCACCUGCUGCAAGAGACUUACCGCCUUCAGGCUCUAGAGAUGAGCCUCCACCUGCCUCUCAGAGCAGUAACCAGGACUGUUCACAAGCUUUAAAACAGAGCCCCUAACUAUGGCCUCUGACGUUCAGCUGGAGAGGAAGUGGACUGUGCACUCACUGUUCAUUAUAGUAAAGGAUUUCAUUGGCUUCAAAAUCCAAAAGUUUAUUUUAAAAGGUUUGUUUUUAGAACUAAGCUGCCUUGGCAGUGUGCAUUUUUGAGCCAAUUAAAAAAUAUCAUUUUCCCCUUAAAUAAAAAUCACCUCUUAAGCUA